ACCCUUUAGACUUCCAACACCUCAAGGUGCAUUAACAAGGGCAGGAUUGGCUAAGGUCAGGUAUAAAAGCCAUGGAAUAUGUGCUACUCGUCAGCAGACUGUUCGAUCUUCUCAUCCAGCAAGCAUCAAGAUAGCAGUAUGGUGUCUAAAACAGUGGCGAUGGAUUUGUGUUUAUUGGUUGCCAUUCUGGGCGUGAUUCCUUCCAUGGUUUCCGCCGGGGUUAUGGGUAAAGCGAUGGAAAUGCAAAGGCAGAGCGGAGGUUCGUAUUCGUACACAACUGCUGGCUACACCUCCACUACCCCGACAUACUACACUACUGCUGCUGCCCCAGUGUACUACACAGAAGCCCCGAAAUACUAUGCUGAGUCUACGUACUAUACUACUGCUGCUCCAGUAUACUACACCGAGGCACCCAAAUACUAUGCUGAGCCAACUUACUACACCACAACCACUGCUGCCCCAGUUUACUACACAGAGGCGCCAAAAUACUAUGCUGAGCCUACUUACUACACCACUGCUGCUCCAGUCUACUACACUGAGGCCCCAAAGUACUAUUCUGAGCCAAGUUACUACACCACCAUUACUGUUCCAAUUUACUACACCGAGGCUCCCAAAUACUAUGCUGAGCCUACCUACUACACUACAACCACUGCUGCACCAGUCUACUACACUGAGGCUCCGAAAUACUAUGUUGAGCCCAAUUAUUAUACCACCACUACUGCUGCUCCAGUGUACUACACCGAGGCCCCAAGAUACAUUGCUGAGUCUGCCUACUACACCACAGUUGCUCCAGUUUAUUACACCGAAUCCCCGAAGUACUAUUCUGAACCAUCUUACUACACCACUGCUUCUCCAGUCUACUACACCGAGGCCCCGAAGUACUACGCUGUACCCACUUACUACACUACAACUACUGCUGCUCCAGUCUACUACACCGAGGCCACAAAAUACUACGUUGAGCCAACUUACUACACCACUGCAGCCCCAGUGUACUACACUGAAGCCCCCAAAUACUAUACAGAGCCAGUCUACUACACCACCACUGCUGCUCCAGUCUACUACACCACCACUGCUGCUCCAGUCUACUACACCACCACUGCCGCUCCAGUCUACUACACCGAGGCCCCGAAAUAUUACACUAAACCGUCGUACUACACCACGACUGCUGCUCCAGUCUACUACAAAGAGCCGAAAGAGGCCCCUAAAUACUAAGUACACGUAGAUGUCUGUAAAGAUGGUGGAAGCACGGAUAUGUCGAUUUCUUGUAUUUGUUGUUGUGUUAACAUACAGUCUUUAUAUUAUUUUAUCAUGUUAAGAAAUUGUGGUUGAUUUAAAUACAAAGAUUUUUCAUACAA